ACAUUGCAACAAACAGCCACAGAAACCCCCCAAUCCAAUUCAAUCCGAUCCCAGCCACCCGCCAACACUCCGCCACUCCGCGACGUUGCAACACAGUUUUCAUGGUACCAUCGAGCGUGCCCGAUUCGAGGCAGAGUCCAUUCAGAAAUCCCGGGAAGCGGCGGAGCACUCCGGCAAGCGCCGUCCGAUCGGCCGAGUUGUAAAAUCGAAGACGACGAGACUACACCCGACUAGGACGCCCUGACACAAACUUCAGCCACUGGUGGUGACUGGACUGCAUCGGGGCCACAUCGGAGCUAAGUAGCAGCCAACGGGAGGAGGAGAAGCAGGAGGAGGCGGCGGCAAAGUGCAGCCGUGGCCAAGAAGACGUGAAACGCAGUCCCGCGACGCGAGCAAUCGUAACCAGAAACAGCAGAAGCCAUGGCGCUGCUGACCAUGAUAGCCAGAGUCAUCGAUGGCCUGCCACUGGUGGGCACCAUGCAGGAUGACGAGCAGAGCGGACGCAGCAUACUGGACUACCAAAACCAGGCCAAGAUGCUCUUCCGCAAGCUGGGCACCCACUCGCCGGCACGAAGCAGUAUCGAGACCGGACCCUACCUAUUCCACUACCUAAUCGAGAACGACGUCUGCUACCUGGUGAUGGUGGACAAGAUGUACUCAAAGCGCCUGGCCUUCAAUUACCUGGAGGACCUGGCCCAGGAGUUCCACGCCAACUACGGACGACGGGUCAACUCGGUGACGCGCCCAUACGCAUUCAUCGAGUUCGACGUGUACAUACAGAAGGCGAAAAAGCAGUUGACGGACCGCAGACGCAACAUCAGCAGCAUCAACACACAGCUACAGGAUGUGCAGCGCAUCAUGGUGCAAAACAUUGACGACGUGCUCCAACGUGGCACAGUGCUGGCGGAACUCGACACCAAGACGCAGAACCUGUCGAUGAUGUCGCAGAAGUACAAGAAGGACGCCAAGCUGCUCAACCGCAAGUCCAUGUACGUGAAGGCGGCGGCCGUGGGCAUCAUAUUUCUAGUGUUCAUCCUGUACUUCUGGGUUCUGUAAUAUCAAGCAGUUCCAGCCGCGUGUCUGGGCCCUUGGCCACUCGGAGCGGCGCGUUCUUUGUUUGCGUCAAGCGUCAAAGACGCAA